UUAUUAAAUUUAAAUUUUUCUGAAAUUAACUUAAUUCUCAUUAAAUUUAUUGAGUUUAUAUAAUUGUUAUUUGUUUAAGCCAUUACGGCAUCCUAUAGUAUUAAACUGUAGGAACGUUGCUCAAAUUUCCAUCUGCAUUUCGAAGAUUUUACGACAUAUUUUUUGUAUUAGAUGGACGAUACAAAAUUUCUUGACCAAUCAGAUAUGCAGAAUCCUAAUGCAGAAAUAUAUAAUUUUGAUACGUGUAGUAGUUUAGCAUCAACACUAUUACAGCAACAGCUUGAUGAAGUCUUUAUAAAUUCAAAUGAGAUCAAUGAAUACUAUUUUUCAAUGCCAAUGGAAAAUGGGAGAAUUGUGGAUUUAAAUAAUCCACAGACGCCUGAAGACCAAGAAAAUCAUGAAACAUGUACAGCUGGUUCUGUAAAAUCAUCACCAACUGGUAUUAUACCUUGUCAGGAUGAAUUUGGUGGCAGUAAUAAUUUUGAAGUGAUGUUAGAUUCCAGUUUUCAGUCAUACCGUCAAAAAUGGAAUUAUUCCGUGACGCUACAGAAACUUUUUAUUGACAUAAAUAAGGUACUUUUGUUAAAUUUUAAAUGUGAUUUUGACAAGAUUGCCAACAAUACACCAUUAUUUGUACGUGCUAUGCCUAUGUAUAGUUCAGCGGAUUAUCUAAAAGAACCUGUUGAUCGUUGUUUACAACAUUUAUCACCUAUAGAUCAGUUCAACAAAGGUUUUACACAUUUAGAACAUAUUAUACGCUGUGAUAAUGAAAGUACGACCUAUCAUAAAGAUGAAGUUAGUAAGCGUAAAAGUGUCGUUACACUCUUAUCUAGACCUGAACAUGGGUCAGAUAGUACUAGAUUAUCCUAUAGAUUUGUAUGCAAAACUUCUUGUAUCAGUGGAAUGCAACGUCGUCCUAUAAUUGUAAUAUUUACAUUAGAAGAUUACACUGGUCAAGUGCUUGGCCGUCGUGUACUUCCAGUAAAAAUUUGCUCUUGUCCUAAAAGAGACAUGGUUCGUGAAGAAAGAGAUACUCAUUUAAAAAAAAAUACAGUUUUUCGUCGAACUAAGAAGUGCAUUUCUCAAGAAAUUAACCAUAAUCAUAAUCACCAUCAUCAUAGUGAUAGUGACAUCCCACCACCUAAGAUUAUUAAAUUAGAGUCCUCGACAUCAACAGAAAAUAUAACUGAUAAUACAUAUACAUUGCCAAUAAAUUACACAACCAGAACAAAGGAGCACUAUAAAAUAAUAUUAGAAAGUAUGUACUCUGUAAUUACUGGUGUGUCAUCUCUUCAUAAUAUUACAGACACACAACCGUUACUUAAAGACUUGAAGUCUAGGUUAGACAACCUAAAAUGAUUCUGGAUUUUUGAGUAUUCUAUUGUAUAAUAGGCUUAAAACAUUUUUUUAAACCUUAAUUUGUAUUGAUAAAUUAAUUGUUAAGUACUACAUGCAUUGCAA